UGUGUGUGUGUGUAUGUGUGCCGGGGUGGGUUAUUUGUUUGGGGGGUUUAAGUACUGGCCCCGGGCAUGGAGCUCCGGUGUUUCCGGUAAUGAUGAUCCGCUCUGCCGCUGCGCUGCUGCUCGCACUGUUAAUCAGCCGGGCCGUUCCCCGCGCGAGAGCGAGAGGACACGGAACGGCCGCCGCGUUCCCCCGGUACACCGGACAACAGCCGCCCUAUCCAGAGACAAACCAAGCGUCUGCGAGUGUGAGAAGUCUCGAGAUGGACAAUUUUAAAGCUGAAGAGGUUCCCGAAAUCAACAAGAGCAACAGUCCCGUCAUACUCAAACUCUACCCUCCCGUAGUGAAGCCGGAGGCAGUCCACGCCAACCGGCCGCUGCGCUUCGGCCGUUCCUCGCCCCGGGGCGCGCUGUGGUUGCUCCGGUCCCCGCUGACUCUGACCCGGCGCCUCGGGAGGUCGUCGGAGACGGACUCGUCCAUCGCGCUCGCGUGCCACCAGUGUGGCCGCGCAGGCGGCGUGGCCGCGCCUUCAGUCACGCACCCGCAAAGGUUCGGCAGAACGAACCGUUUCUACAACCCAGCCCUGCCCAGCCGCUAAGAAGAUCCCAGGGCCGCGGACUGGCUCUCGGUUACGCGGAUGACCUCAGAGAAGAUGAUUUUCUAAAUUUCCCGAAAGAUGGAGAAGGGGGCCUCCGACUGACCCAGGACCAGCGGUGACUGCGCCCGGA